GAACGCGUCGCAGGUGGAGUUUUCCGACUACCCUCCGAUCUUUCUCAUCUCUCUCGCACACUCCAGAGGGGCGAGGUUCCGGUCACAAUGGGAUGUAAGAACCAGGGAAAUUACGACGAUUCAGAGAAAAGGCCGACCCACGAUUGCCCAACUAUAGACUUUUGAAAGGCAGGUUUGGAAAAGAAGAACGCCAACUGAUCAAGUAUUUCCAGUAGAGAUCAGGAGAAAAGAUUUGGGGUUCUGAUUCAGUCUUAUUAUUCUUCCAAACAGUCCGGGGGAAUUGAGCCAUUUCGACCUGCAACUAAGAUCGAAUUUGCAGAUAGAAGGUCUUAGGCGGCCCUGUUGAUAAUCGCGCAUUUCUGCUUCCUUCCCAUCAAAGAAAUUAACAAAGAGUAGAUCUUACAAAAGUGAACUCAUUAGACUAAGACUGAAUUGAAGGCGCUAGAGAGCGAGAGAAGAAACAUGGCUGCUCCAACAGCAUCGACGAAUAUCAUGCUUGCGAUUCACGAGAAGCGGACCUCGUCAGUUGAUCUAUACCGGCCCAUCAAGCAGUAUAUUUCCUACCACUACUCCGAGAGGCAAGCGCAGGACAUGGAGGAGGAUCUCCAAAGCCUGAAGGAGAUGAGGAACGAGGUCGAUAAGGCUGUCGAUUCUCUUGAGGCCCGUCGCGACUUGCUGCAGAGGUACUUCCGUGCUCUUUGUGCCGUGGAGUCGAGGUUCCCCAUCUCCCCUGAGAGGGAACACGUGAAUACUAUCACCUUCACGUGGUACGACACUUUCAAGCAGAACAAGAAGGCUUCGCAGCAGAACAUCCACUUUGAAAAAGCUGGAGUGCUUUUCAACCUGGCGGCGAUUCACAGCCAAAUUGCGUUGUCGGCUGACAGAACGACUCCGCUCGGUCUCAAGCAGGCUUGCAAUUCGUUCCAGGCUGCUGCCGGCGUGUAUGCGUUUAUCCGGGACAACGUCUCCAUGAAAGCCUCACUUGGGCCGUCGACCGUCGACAUAUCGGUGGAAUGUGCUGGGAUGCUGGAGAGGCUCAUGCUUGCGCAGGCGCAGGAAUGCUUCUUUGAGAAGGUCAUCGCCGAUGGCAAGCCUCCAGGCUUGUGCGCAAAGGUCUCUAGGCAGGUUGGCGUUUAUUACGAGGAAGCUUACUCCGCUUUGAGCCUUCAACCUCUGAACCAGCAUUUUGACAAGACUUGGAUUUCACACGUCCAGUUAAAAGCAGCUCAGUUCAAUGCUGAAGCUUGCUACAGGUUUAGCGUGGAACUGCAUGAGAAAGAAGAAAUUGCUGAGGAGAUUGCCAGACUCAAAGUUGGAAUUGCUCUUAUUGCAGAUGCGAAGAAAUCUGCCAAAGGUGCUGCCAGCUCGCUACUCGACGCCAUUAACCGGCUAGAAACAAAUCUGAAUCGCAACUUAGAGAGGGCCACAAAGGAAAAUGACAGGGUGUAUCUCAUGAGAAUUCCUCCUUCCAGUUCCUUGGCUCCUCUCCCAGCUGCUUCCCUGGUUAAACCUACUCCCAUGGAUGACAUUUUCGACGCCAGCAAGGAAAAAAUGUUCGCAGCACUCGUUCCUGACAGCAGCGCAAAGGCCCUCUCUCGGUACACUGAAAUGGUUGAUGACAUAAUAAGGACGCAAGCUGAGAAAUUGCAACAGGGGAGUGAGAUAACCAGGGUGAAGCUCAAGGAAAUGGAUCUUCCUGAUUCAAUUCUUGCCUUGGAGGGGAAUUUCACCCUACCUCUUGAGCUCAAGGAAGAUGUUGAGGCGGUACAAAUUUCUGGGGGUCCGUCUGGCCUAGAAGCAGAGCUGCAGCAGUUGAGGGAUUUGAGGAGGGUGAAUCAGGAGAUGUUGGUUCAGACAGAGGAGCUAUUGCAGAAAGAAGCAAGAGAGGAUGCUCAGUUCCGAAGCCAGUUUGGAACACGUUGGACUCGACCACAGUCUAGUACUUUGACAAAAAACUUGUCAGAUAGGCUAAACCGGUUUGCUGGAAACCUGAAACAAGCUGCAGAAAGCGAUGCACGGAUUGAACGUGCAGUGAGCGAUCACUCUGCACUAAUGGCAAUUCUUGACUGCAAACCUAUAGAAUCUGCAGUCCCCAACCUUGCAAGGCCAAUUAUGUCAUUGGACAGCAAUGAGGAUGCCAUUGUGGGAGAGCUUAAACAGAGCCUGAGGCAGUUGGAGAACCUUGGGGCUCAAAGAGCUGGUCUUGAAGACAUGCUAAAAGACAUGAAACGAAAGGAUGAUAUACUGCCAAAAUUAAUGGCUAGAAGUGGUUCAUACGAAGAUCUUUUCAAGAAGGAGUUGGGAAAGUAUGAUAGUAUUUGUCAAGAAAUAGCUCAAAAUAUUGAAGCACAAGAACAACUGUUGCUGCAGAUUCAGGCACAAAAUGACAAUUUUGCUGCUGUUUUUAAUCUGGAAGAUUACAAAGCUGCUCGUGAGAAAAGCUAUAAACAAAUAGCAGCUGCAGUAGCAAAGAUUCAAGAAAUAAAAGAGAACAUCAAUGAAGGGUUAAAAUUUUAUGUUACUCUUCAGGAUGCAAUUAAAAAUGUGAAGCAGCAGUGCAGUGAUUUUGUGAUGACCAGAAACAUCCAAUGUCAGGAAAUGAUAGAAGAUGUGCAGAGACAAGUUGCAGGACUCAAGUUUACAGACGAGAAAACUAGUUAUGCGUACCCAUCAGCUGGACAGCCCAACCAGAGAGGUGCUCAACAAAUUGAUCCACAAAGCGCACCACAUCCUUCAUAUCCUCAGCCACCUUACUACCGUUCAGUUGAUCAAUCAACUGCUGGUUAUAUGUCACCACCUGCCCCGCCUCAGGCUCAUCCUUCGUACCCUUCGCACCAACCUCCAUACCAUGUGCAACAACCAUCUGGUCCGUAUCAGCAGCCGCCACAAACUGUUCAGCAGCCAAAUCUCGAGUACAGCCAACCUGCUUAUUCUGGGUGGAGGGGCCCACCAUAUUACAAUCCUCAUUCGCAGCCUGCGGCUCCACCGCCCACAACAUCCGGGGCUCAUCCACCACCUCCCUACCACGUUCCAUCAUAUCCCCCUCAGCAAGGCAAUCCUUACUACAACAGACAGUGAGAGGCUGGCUUUCCUUCUAAUAAAAGUUGGACAAACCGUGCACCCAUUUACGAGCUGGCGUUUACUAUUUCAUAUAAUUUGUUUGCUUUUUGGCUUGAUAUUGUCAUUGUUAGUUUUUCUGUGAAACUCUGUUAGGAUGUUAAUGUAAUUCAUCAGGUUUGUAUAGUGAUUACUAUUGCUGGCAUAGAAGCUGUGGGUAUAGUUCUUUAAGACAUGAUCAUUUGCACUUUUAUUGGUGAGGAGGAACUGCAUUCAAGCUUUACAAGACCAUUCCUCAAAUGUGCCUUAUGGAAGGUAGUCCAGUCACUAAGUUGGUUUUAUUUUCUCUCAGAUGGUGGCUGAAGGCUGAGCCAUUGGCUUUUAUGGGGGUCGGUGACUUGCUGUAACUUGAGACUGUAAAUUAAUGGUUUCAUUUUCACUUUCA